AUAGUAAAGCAGUUGUGUAUUGAAUAGUAAUAAAUUAGUUCAAUUCAAUGUCUAGUAUAAAAAAUAAGGAUAUAGCAUUAUCCAUUGUUCAGUUCUUAAAACAAGCUGUUAGUAAUAAACAGAUUGCUGAAGAUUAUGUUGAAUCAUUAGAUGUAGCUAUUGAUUGUAUAGCUGAUGCCUUUGAAGUUGAUAAGGAUGAACAAGUUAAAGUAUUUGAUGGAAAGUCCUUACCUGAAUUGAUUCAAGCUGGUUUAUCAGGAUCAUCAUCAUCUGCUAGUACUGCAAGUGCUACUACUUCUACUUCUACUAGUAGUAGUAGUAGUCCAGUUGAAGUUGAUGCUGCUACAAAGGAAAAAGCUGAUGCUUUAAAAGUAGAAGGUAAUAGAGCUAUGGCUGCUAAGGAUUUCUCUACUGCUAUUUCCAAAUAUACUGAAGCUAUUGAAUUAGACGGUUCAAAUGUAGUUUAUUUAUCCAAUAGAGCUGCUGCCUAUAGUUCUUCUCAACAACAUGAAAAGGCCGUUGCUGAUGCUGAAGCAGCAAUCAAGUUAAAUCCAAACUUUUCAAAAGCUUAUUCUAGAUUAGGUUUAGCCAAAUAUGCUCUUGGUGAUGCCAAGGCUUCUAUGGAUGCUUACAAAAAGGGUCUUGAUAUUGAAGGUCCAAACAAAUCAGAUGCUAUGACUAAAGGUUAUGAAACUGCUAAGACUAGAUUUGAAGAAGAAUUAGAAAAUUCUAUUUCUAAAACUGAUGUUACACCAAGUGAAUCUGAAUCUUCUUCAUCUGCUGGUGCCGGUGCAAGUGCUGGUGCUGGUGCUGGAGGUUUACCUGAUUUAGGUAAUUUAGGUAACUUAUUUGGUAGUGGAGGUAUGCCAAAUUUAUCAGAAAUGAUGAAUAAUCCAGAUAUUAUGGCUGCUGCCAAUAGAAUGAUGCAAGAUCCUCAAGCAUUAUCUAAUUUAAUGAGUAAUCCAGCUGUUCGUCAAAUGGCUCAAAACUUUGGAUUAGGUGGUGGAGCCGGUGGAGCCCCAGAUCUUAGCAAUUUAUUUGGUGGAGCCAAUAGAGGUAGUCAAGAAUAAUCAAAAUAAUUAUAAAGGUGAUAACUAACGAUUUAAUUCUUUUAACAAGUUCUUUAUUUUAAUUUAUUAUAUACAUGUAUAGUCUUUAAUGAAUUUGCCUAUUUGGUAUAAAUGCAGCAAUUGCAAAGAAAAAAAAAAUUAUGGCCUAAACUGUUAAGCGAUAUUUU